UAUUGCACAAAUCCCAACCAGGAAACCGUUGAAUGAUUAUUAAUGGUGCUGUAUGGGAAGACAAUAAAUACCUCAAGUAAUAAAUUCUAUAUAUACACACACCAAACAAAGCUCUUCCUAUAAAAACAAUCUUUAGUGAUUUAACAGCUUUCAGAGUGUAGAAAAUAUAAGAAAAAAUGAACAGAAAGAAGAAUCUGUUUAUUAUCAUUUGCAUUUUAGUGGGCACAAUGGCAAUGGUAGCAACAGCUACAAUGGAAGAUGAUGAAAAAGAUUGUGCAGAACAACUAACAAAUCUUGCCGCGUGCAUACCAUUUGUGAGCGGCACAGCAAAGAAGCCUACUCCUGAGUGCUGCCAAGACACCGAUAAAGUUAGGACUGCGAAACCCAAAUGCUUGUGUGUUCUUAUCAAAGAGAGCACUGACCCCUCGAUGGGACUUCCGAUUAAUACCACUUUAGCUCUCCAAAUGCCUGCUGCAUGCAAUAUAGAUGCCAAAGUCUCAGAUUGUCCUUCUAUACUCAAACUCCCAGCAGAUUCACCUGAUGCCAAGAUAUUUCAAGUAGCGGGAGUGGAUUCAAGCACAUCAAGCUCUUCCCCGGCUUCUGCUUCUACAUCAUCUUCUUCCUCGACAGGGUCAAGUUCUGAUAGCAAGACAACUGCAGCAAGUAGCAAGGGUGGAGCAAAGAUUGCUGGUAGUGUCUUUUUGGUGAUGGGACUUGCCUUAGUUUCCUUGGUCUUGGUUUAAAUUUUAUGCGGUAUGAAAAGGGGAUGCGCCAUCAAGAACUUUCGUUGCAUAUGAUCAAAAACUGCACCUGAGCUCGUCGACUUUGUAGGGACAAUUAGAAUCAAUAAUUAGGAAUUUGUACUUCUAAAUGUUUCUUGAUUUUCAUAAUAUGAACAAUAAGACAAAAUGAUCUUGCAUUGAGAUUGGAUUUCUAUUAUGUUGAAAGGUACAUUUC